AAGAGGAAGUCGUACAGGACAAGCUGCUCCUGACAGAAGGAUGUUACAGCUGAGCCUGUCCUGGCUGGGCCUCAGGCCAGUGGCAGAGUCCCCAUGGCUGCUCCUGCUGCUGGCUGGGGCCUCCUGGCUCCUGGCCCGAGUCCUGGCCUGGACCUAUGCCUUCUACAGCAACUGCCGCCGCCUCCGGUGUUUCCCGCAGCCUCCCAAACACAGCUGGUUUUGGGGUCACAUGGGCCUGGUGCAGAGCAAUGAGGAUGGCAUGCGGUUGAUGGAGCAUCUGAGCCACUGCUUCCGUGAUGUCCACCUUUGGUGGUUUGGGCCCUUCUAUCCUGUCGUGCGGCUCAUCCACCCUAAGUUCAUUGCCCCUGUGCUCCAGGCUCCAGCUGAAGUUGCACCCAAGGAUAUGACUUUCUAUGGCUUCCUGAAGCCUUGGCUGGGGACUGGGCUCCUGCUGAAGGAUGGUGAUAAUUGGAGACGCCAGCGCCGCCUGCUUGCACCCGCCUUCCAGUUCAACAUCCUGAAGCCCUAUGUGAAGAUUUUCAACAAGAGCGCGAACAUCAUGCACGCCAAGUGGCAGCGCCUGGCCUUGGAGGGCAGUGCCCGUCUGGACAUGUUUGAGCACAUCAGCCUCAUGACCUUGGACAGUCUGCAGAAAUGCAUCUUCAGCUUUGACAGCAAUUGCCAGGAGAAGCCCAGUGAAUAUAUCGCUGCCAUCUUGGAGCUCAGUGCUCUCAUCGCGAAACGGUACAGGCAGAUCAUCCUGUACUCGGACUUCUUGUACUUCCUCACUCCCAAUGGGCGACGCUUCCGCAGGACCUGUGACAUAGUGCACAACUUCACAGAUGCCAUCAUCCAGGAGCGUCGCCGCACCCUUGCUAGCCAGAGUGUUGAUGACUUCCUGCAGGCCAAGGCCAAGUCCAGGACUUUGGACUUCAUUGAUGUGCUCUUGCUGGCUAAGGAUGAAAAUGGAAAGGAGUUGUCAAAUGAAGACAUAAGAGCGGAGGCUGACACCUUCAUGUUUGCGGGCCAUGACAGCACAGCAAGUGGUCUCUCCUGGGUCCUGUACAACCUCGCAAAGCACCCGGAAUAUCAGGAACACUGCCGACAGGAGGUGCAAGAGCUCCUGAAGGGCCGUGAUCCUAAAGAGAUUGAAUGGGACGACCUGGCCCAGCUGCCCUUCCUGACCAUGUGCCUGAAGGAGAGCCUGCGGCUGCAUCCCCCAGUCCCCCUGAUCUCCCGCCGCUGCAUCCAGGACGUGGUGCUCCCAGAUGGCCGGGUCAUCCCCAAAGGGAACAUCUGUACCAUCAGCAUCACUGGGGUCCAUCACAACCCCUCAGUCUGGCCGGACCCUGAGGUCUAUGACCCCUUUCGCUUCAGCCCAGAAAACCCCCAGAAGAGGUCACCUCUGGCUUUUAUUCCCUUCUCUGCGGGGAACAGGAACUGCAUCGGGCAGGCGUUCGGCAUGGCUGAGAUGAAGGUGGUCCUGGCGCUCACGCUGCUGCGCUUCCGCGUCCUGCCGGACCACGUGGAGCCCCGCAGGAAGUUGGAGCUGGUUCUUCGCGCGGAGAAUGGACUUUGGCUACGGGUGGAGCCCCUAAGCGCGGACCUGCAGUGACCCACAGCCCCCGGACGGAUCCUCUCGUACCUUUGCAGAUUCAUCUGUGCUGUCCUCUGUGCCUGAGUCCCACGGACAGCCAGCAGGGGUCGCUGGAGGACCGCAGGGAUCCAGGGCCUGGCUGGGAGGAGGCCGGGAGGUGUCUCUGAGCUAAGACCCUGACAGCCUUUCUGGGUGAGCGCAAUGCCCUCCCCGCCCCUUCCGUGCUGAGGGCGAGUUCUUCUAGAGCCCAGGUCUGGACUUUAUCCUGUGGGCCAUAGGGAGCCAUGGCGGGUGUUAGAGCAGGAGAGGGACCAGGGCUGAGGAGGCACCUAAGGGGCAGGUUCGAGGGUCUGAGUCACUGAGGAAAACCAGAGUGGCACUACACUCCCACCACCCGGACCUCAGUUCUCAUCUAAUACACCCAGUUCUUUUUUUUUUUUUUUUUUUCCCUCUCAUCUUAGGGUUCUUCAUUGUUUUCAUAGUUCUUAAAUGACUGUGCUUAUGAAAUAAUACUA